AUGGAAAAGCUAAUAUCGGAGAAUCAAUCAGCGUUCGUCCCGAGUAGAGCAAUUGGAGAUAAUAUCCUUAUUACUCAUGAAGUGUUGCACACGUUGAAGACGUCAAAAGCUGAGAAGAGAGUGGCGAUGGCCGUUAAGACGGACAUGAGCAAAGCAUACGACCGCCUCGAAUGGAACUUCAUCUCUGCAGUGCUUGAGAGACUCGGAUUUCACCAUCUCUGGAUUGGUUUGAUCAUGCAGUGUAUCUCGUCAGUUACAUAUUCCUUCCUCAUCAACGGUUCACCUAGAGGAAAGGUUAUACCGAGCCGAGGAAUCUGCCAAGGCGAUCCCCUUUCACCCUACAUAUUCAUUCUUUGUAGUGAAGUGCUCUCGGGUCUUUGUAACAAAGCACAAGAAGAUGGCCUUAUCCAAGGGAUUCAAGUGUGUAGGGGGAGUCCCCGAAUCACCCAUCUGCUGUUUCCGGACGAUACUAUGUUUUUCCUUAAUGCAAACAAGGAAUCUACAGCUGCCCUCAAGACGAUCCUGGCGACAUACGAGGAGGCAUCUGGUCAGGUUGUUAACAGAGACAAAUCCUCUAUCACCUUCUCCCGUAAGGCGCCGGCUGAGCUCAAACAAAGAGUCCACCACGCACUGCAAAUCCACAAGGAGUGCGGGGUCGGAAAGUAUCUAGGAUUGCCGGAACAUUUUGGGCGACGUAAGAGAGAUAUAUUUUCUUCCUUGGUAGAUCGGAUUAAGCAAAAGGCGAGUGGUUGGUCAAAUAGAUAUCUAUCGACUGCCGGGAAACUUGUGAUGAUGCAGAGUGUACUUACCCCCAUCCCAUCACAUGCAAUGUCUUGCUUCAAAUUACCAAUCUCCUUGUGUAAGCGGAUCCAAUCCGCCUUAACACGAUUCUGGUGGGACGGAGGCGAUGGCAAACGGAAGAUGGCUUGGAUCGCAUGGGAGAAGCUAACCUUACCAAAAGGCAUGGGGGGAUUGGGAGUACGAGAUAUCCAAGCUUUUAACGAGGCCUUCUUAGCCAAGAUCAGUGUGCGGCUCAUGGAGAAACCAGAUGGUCUGUUGGGUCGAACCCUUCUACCUAAGUACUGUCCGGACGGAAACCUCCUGACCUGCACCGCCCCAAGCUCGGCCUCCCAUGGAUGGAAUAGUAUACUGGCAGGGAGAGAUCUCCUAAACAAAAACAUGGGCUGGGUGAUUGGUACUGGAAUGGAUGUUAUGAUAUGGGACGACCCUUGGCUAAGCCUAGAAACGCCGCUCAGACCCAUGGGCCCUGCUACACGGGAAACAGCUAGCCUUGUUGUGAAAGAUCUCAUUCAGCCUGGUACCGGAGGUUGGAACAGAACAGUCAUCCAAGCCAUUCUACCAUUUGAUGAAGACCAUAUCCUGGAGUUACAGCCAAGCAUUAAAGGGGCUGCGGAUGCACUUAGAUGGUUAGGAACAAAAGAUGGUGUAUAUUCGGUGAAAUCUGGCUACUACGCGGCCAUGGCUGAGGUAGUGGACGCGAUUCUUGAGGAUGAAGCGACCUCUGAAUUUGACUGGAAAAAGACAGUUUGGAAUUUGAAAUUAGCGCCUAAAAUUAAAAUGUUUACCUGGAAGAGCCUGAAGGGAAUCCUUCCGGUGGGCGAAACACUGGUAGCUCGACACAUCAACGUGGACCCGCGAUGCAAACGAUGCGGAGGCUCGGAAUCUAUCAAUCAUCUCUUGUUUCAUUGCCUCUUUGCGAGAGAAGUGUGGAAUCACUCCCCACUUGCAGGAAGCUUUGACAUUAGCGGAUUGACAGAUUUGAGAGCGGAUUGGGCGGAGAUGCACUCCCUCGGCUGCUUACCUCCAACAGGUCUCAUAUCUACACCUUUAGUCCCAUGGAUCUUUUGGUCCCUGUGGAAAGCACGCAACAAGUGGGUAUUUGAAAAAUUUGCUGGGAAUCCAGCUGAUGUACUAUCUCAAGCCAUUACCGCAGCUAAAGAAUGGGAAGGGGCGCAGGUUCAAGUGGAGAAGCGAGUGCUGGUAAGACCAUUGGAGCCUACUGCUCGGACUGACUCCGUCGCACAGUCGGAUGCUGCCUGGUCUUCAGCCACGCAUAAUGCAGGGUUGAGCUGGAUCGUCACAAACCCGGAGCAGAGCAGCUACGGGAAAAGAGGUAUCAGUUUCAUCCCGUCGCCACUGGUUGCGGAGGGUUUAGCACUUAGAGAUGCGGUUACAGCUUGCCAAACCCAAGGAAGGAGAUCAAUAAGAUUUGAAUCUGAUUCUGCCCAAUUGAUCAAGGCCAUCAACAGGAGAGAAGUGCCGCUAGAACUAUAUGGAAAUGUGGAAGACAUACUACAUAUGUCGCUGGUCUUUGAGAGUGCUGUCUUUAGAUGGAUUCCCCGUUUAAAAAACGUAAAUGCAGAUGUAAUAGCAAAGAAUGCUCUGGCUCUGUUCGAACAAGAGGUGGUUGUGGAGUUAAUUCCCCCACCAACCUAA